GAAGUGGUGAGUGAGGCUUUGCGACACAGCGAUGGUCAGGUCUUCCUGCUGACGGUGGCGGGCUGCCCCAGCUGCCGCCAACAAGGCUCCUCCAGUCUGAAAGGCUGCCGCUGCCGCCUGUGCAGCGAGGAGCGCCCUGGCCUGGUGGACUACUAUGGCAUCUGCCAGGCGUGUGGCAAGUGCGGCGGCCACGACUCCAAGUGCCCGUUCUGCGUGCAGGUCUUCCCGAGCCUCUGCGCGCUGGACUGCCACGUGCGCUUCGUGCACGGCGACCGUGAAUCCUCAGAGUGGCAGACUUCUCGCCUGGAGGACUACAUCAAGACCCGCACCCAGCCUGGGGCGCGCCGUGCCGCAUACCCGGAGCAAGGGACGUUUAUGGAGGCGAGGAACGGCGGCUUGCUGAGGACAGUCGAGGCCUGAGGCACAGUCAACGCCAAAGUGCAAGACUGGGAUGAGGGUCCGACUGCAUUGAGACUUGCGCGUUGCAAUGUCUAAAUGAGCUGGCCGUGCCUGCUCAAAUUAGAUUAGGACCGAAAUGCACAGGCGCCAGCUUGGCCGUCAGAAGAUUGGUGGGAGUUGUCUCGC